AAUGACACCAUUAUGCUCAUGAAUAACCUUUCUCAUUACUAGUCGUCACUUUUGGCCGAUUCUCACCCGAACAUUGGUGCUACUUGUGAACGACUUCUAUAUUCCAUAGUUUCACAGUUCUAUGAUGCUUUUUAAUAGGUGACAUAGCGGUUUCAUCCGAUUGGAAUGGAGAUGAAAAGACAGAAAUGAAGUAUGAUGUAUCAAAAGAAGACACAUCACAACAACUCGUUACGUCCAAUGAUGAUGAUCAUGUUCCUCAACUUCGAUCAUAUGUAGGACAUCAUAAUCCGAGAUCACCUCAACGUAUUGGUCAUACAAAUAUUUACAUUGAUAAAGACGCUCGCCGUGGUAAUUCUCGACACAAUGAACGACUUCGUUUUCCUGUAGCACAAUAUGAUCGUAAUCGAAUACCUUUUCGUGGUCCUUUCAUCAAUUUUAUGCCAAGAGUUCCAAUAUUCGCCGAUCGACGCACUAAACAAACAUUGAUUUUUUCACCAACAGGAGGUGUCUAUAUUAUCCCUCCAUUGAUUAAUUUUUAUGGUCAAAUGUUUUCAAUUGCUGAACUCAUUGCUUCCGGUUACGCAAGUUUAGUCAGCAGUGGUGUUCCACCAACUGGUAACUUCAAUAUGAUGCCAUUUUUUCUACCACAACCCUUAAUUGGUUCUGGUAUUCCCAGGGUUAAUCCUCGAACAGGUGGUUUCAAUGGUGGUAUUCGCACCAAAUUUCAUUCAUUCUCUACUUCCAAACAUUACAGAACACAAAACAAUGUGGAUGCAACAGUUGAAACAGAAGAAGAAGAAAAUGAGGAUGAUAGUCAUGCUCCUGAAUGGCUGUCACCCUUGUCUGACUCAUCGGAUCCAGAUACAUCAAUCACAUUUUUUCUGGCUUUAAAACAAAAUCCGAAAGCAGUGGAGAAAUUGGAAAGAAUAUUCUGGAAAAUUACUGAUCCGGACAGCAGUGAGUAUCAGAAAUGGCUGACGCGUUCGGAAAUCAACAAAAUUCUUACACUUGAUAGUAAAAUUUUGACUAGAGUUAAACGAUUUCUGCAGAAACAAUCAUUUACGUCUGUAGAAUUAAUUGGAACUGAUGUAUUUGCGAUUAUGACAACAAUUCGACAGGCAUCGGACUUCUUUUCAGCUCAAUUUCGUCCCUAUAAAAAUACAAAGACAGGAAGAACUAUGCAUCUAGCUGAUGGCGAAAUGUGUUUGACAGAUGAAAUUAGUCAAUAUGUUGAUUUCUGGAGUGAUUUCUACGGUUAUCCAAUUUUCAACACGGAACCCACUAAUCCAUCUAAAAAAAGUAUAGUCGUUCCAGCUGAUGAAAAUGCUACGGAUACAGCAACUACUCAAAUUCAUCCCAUGAUUGUUCCUCAAUUUGUUCUCUCGUACUAUAACAUUCCGAAUGUCUUGAAAACUGGUUUAGAAUCAAAUUGUUCACAAGCAUCAUUACAAUUUGUAGGUCAAUACUAUAGUGAAAAAGAUUUACAGAAAUAUUCACAAGAGGUAAACAUACCGUUCAAACCUCUCAAAACAAAUCAUAUUCUGGGUAUUGACGAUCAAUCCCAACCAGGUGAUGAGACAAUGUUAGAUGUUGAACAAAUGGUGGGAUUAAAUCCUUUGGCUGAAACAUGGUAUUUCAAUGAUGACGUGAAGAAUAUAAGUAGUGAUGGUAUAUUGAUAAAGAUGCUUACAAUAAAUGAAUUGGAUGAUCUGCCACAAAUUCUAUCUAUUUCGUACGUUCCACCUGAAGCAGGUCUGUGUGUAUUGUUUAUCAAUUGUGAUGAAAAAGUCGUGGAUCUGAAUAAGAGAUAUAUUAUUCGUGCAAAUAUUGAAUUUAUGAAAUUGGCAUCGAGAGGCAUUACAGUUUUGGCAGCAAGUGGUGAUGAUGGAGCAAAUAGUCAGUUUGCAGAUUGUACAAAUACAAUGUUUAUUCCUGUAUAUCCAGCCUCUUCACCUUUCGUAACAGCAGUUGGUGCAACUACAUUAGUUAAUGUACAGUACAAAGUAUUGCAAGAUCAACCACCAAUUUGCACUGACAGAGGUCCACUAUAUCUGUGUGUAUCCGAUGGAGACGAAACCGCUGUUAGUGUUAAUGGUCAACCUUUCAAUCUUUUUACUAGUGGUGGUGGAUUUUCAAACAUCUUUUCUCAACCAUCUUAUCAAAAAGAUGCCGUUAAUCAUUACUUUCAAAAUGAACAACAUUACCUUAAUAAAACACCAGAAUACUAUCCUCCAUCAUCAAUGUACAAUCGAUCUGGACGCGCUUAUCCAGAUGUGGCUGCACUUGGUGUAGAUGGUUUUUUUGUGAUAAAUGGUACUAAUCAAUUAUAUGGUGGUACAAGUAUGUCAUCACCACUGUGGGCUGGUAUUGUCUCAAUUCUUAACUCUCGUUCAAUAAAAAUAACAGGCAAAACAUUAGGCUUUCUCAAUCCAUUACUCUACAAGAUGGCUAAAGAAUGUCCGGAAUGUUUGAAAGAUAUAACAGUUGGAAAUAACAAAUGUACUUCAACUAUUUGCACAGAUCAGUGCAAAGGUUUUCAUGCUGCAUGUGGUUGGGAUCCUGUAACUGGACUUGGCACUCCAAACGUUGGAAAUAUUUUGGAGUAUAUAACGAAGUUAUUGAAAAAGAAGGCGAAGAAAACAGAAUACAGCUAA